AUGGGCAGCAGCAAUGGAGUGCGGGUGUGCGUCACCGGAGGCGCCGGGUUCAUCGGCUCCUGGCUUGUCAAGAAACUCCUCGAGAGAGGCUACACCGUCCACGCCACGCUGCGGAACAUCGGGGACGAGGAGAAAUCGGGACUGCUCCGGCGACUGGUCCCCGGCGCGGCGGAGUCCGGGCGUCUGGUGCUGUUCGAGGCCGACCUCUACGACGCCGCCACGUUCGCGCCGGCCAUCGCCGGGUGCCAGUUCGUCUUCCUCGUCGCCACGCCGCUGCAGCACGACGCCACGAGCACCAAGGAGUACGUCGUGUCGAAGCUGAUGUCGGAGAAGGAGCUGCUGGCCUACAACGCCGUCGAGAGCUCGGCGUUAGAGGUGAUCACGGUGCCCUGCUCCGUCGUGGCCGGCGACACGCUCCAGGCCCACGCCACGUUCUCCCUGGAGUGCCUCGUGUCGCCGGUGACCCGUGACGAGCGCCUCCUCGCGGUGCUGAGGCUGCUGCAGCCGCUGGCUGGCUCGGUGCCGGUGACGCACGUGGACAACGUCUGCGACGCGCUCGUCUUCUGCAUGGAGCGGCCGGCCAUGGCCGGCAGGUUCCUCUGCGCCGCCGCGUACCCGACGUUCGGCGACGUCGUCGGUCACUUCGCCGCCAAGUACCCCCACCUCGUCGACACCCGCAAAGAGACCGAGGUGUUGCCGAGCGUGCAAGCGCACAGCGACAAGCUGGGCGAGCUGGGGUUCAGAUACAAGUACCGGAUGGAGGAUAUACUCGACGGCAGCAUCGACUGCGCAUCCUCGAUGCAUCUAAGCUCAGUGUGCAAGAAUGACAGCAACAAAUAG